AAAUGAGUCCAAUAGGUCCAAAUGACAUUUCAUGUUGUGACAACCUCGGAAAAAAUGAAGCAAAGAGCGAAUCAUUUGUCCUUUUCUCACUCAUAGUUUGUGUCGUAAGCUAGAAGAGAGCCGGUUUAUAGUUUCUGAAUUCUUAUUUUAGCCUUCUUUCUAUGCUUUAGUUAUUGUUCUGAGCAUCUAGCAGAUCUAGCAUGUGUACUUAACUUUUUGCUUGUACUACAUAAAACAGUCGAAAACAAAACAAAAUUGUGGAUGUCGAUAGUUUCCUUUUCUGUGAUAGAUUUUUUCGUGUUUAAUUUACAACUACCGAACAGAAGUAGGUGAAUAUCGCCAGUGCGGUGCUAUCAUUGAAAACCUAAAUCAUGUCCAGUAUAAAUUAUACAACCCGCACAGAAGGCCAAACAAAAAUCAAUACAAUAAUAUGGACAGUGCCCAAUUUCAUAAAUCUUUUAGAGAAUAAGACUACCAGAGAAUUUCGAACAGAAAAAUCUAAAGAUUCCAGUGUUGCUGAAGUUGCUGAUUCCAGAUUUCAACUGAAAAUGCAAUUUUUGGGUAGAGAUAACGAUAUAAUCGAGAUAUACUAUUUGUCACCAAACCCGGUUUUUCUGAAGUCAAUUUUAACAAUUUGUCUGAAGCGAUUUGAAGAACGGUCCAUAGUUAUAAAAGAAUACCAUACAGUGCAAGCUAAUAAGUGGCAGUAUCUUGCGACGCUUUACAAGAGAGACAUAGCGAGCUAUGAUGGCCGCGAUAUAUUCCUUUUAAGUGACGGUAGCUUACGGCUAAAAUUCCAGUUUAUGGUAACUAACGACAUCAAAGUCGAUCGCUCCAAUGUACCAGAAGCUCAACUGAGUAAUGACUUUGAGAACUUACUAAACAAUGGUCUGUUUUCUGAUGUUACAAUGAAGUCUGCUGAAAAUGUGGAAUACAAAGUGCAUAAAGCGGUACUAGCGAGUAGGAGCGCAGUCUUGAAGGCGCAUUUUGAACAUAACACCACUGAAUGCUUCACCAAUGUUGUUGAAUCUCCAUUAGAGUCUGAAGUGCUGCGUGAGGUUCUGACCUUCAUAUACAGUGAUAAAGCUCCGAGAGUGGAUGAAAUACCAGAGAAACUAUUAGCAGCAGCAGACUACUACCAACUCAGCAGGCUAAAGAGUCUAUGUGAGGAAGCCUUACAUAAGAAACUGACUGUAGAAAAUGCAAUAGAAACUCUACAGUUGGCAGAUUUACACUCAGCAAAUACAUUGAAACAAUUGACCUUAGAAUUCAUUAAAGAUGGACAGGCUAAACUCAUUACCAAGACUGAAGGCUGGGCAAAGGUAAAAUCAGUUGAAUUAAUCAAAAGAAUAUAUGAAUACAUCAUGACUGAUGAUGUGGAAGCAGAUAUAAAAUAGUAUUGCAAUAGCAAAUCAAUUUCUUCAACAAUUCUUCUUGGAAAUCUAUUGAUUGUGAAGAAAAAGUAACUAAUAGUAAAUUAGUUUUGUUGAGGACUCUUGAAUUAUGGGACUAUAUUAAUUUUAUUAUUGAAAUUAUGCACAUCUUGACAAUUUAUCCUCACUAAAGCCAUGUAAUUAAUUUUAAGUGUUAUUUGGUGUAACUUAGAUAAAUGCUGUGUAUUGGGGAAA